AUUUUUAGGAUAUUAAUGUGAAUAAUAAUUUUACAAAAUUGAAAUUUUAACACGUACAAAUUAUGAUUUAAAAUGAUAUGUAAAUUGAAUAGAAUUUUCAUUGGACGAUGUUUUCACAUUUGGUAUUAAUCUGAUUAGAAUGGUCUUAUGAGGUAUUACGUCACGAAUUUUCAUAUUUCGGAAUCAAUUUCUCAGUGCUUACGUCGUCGUAAGUUCGCGAGAAUUUCUGGACAUUGAAAAUCAAUGCCAAUGUUCAGCUGGGGUAGAAAUUAUUGAGAGAGCGAGAGAGAGAAAGGAAGCGCAAAAGAGAGAGAGAUAGAGUGAGAAAGCAAAAGAAAGAGUAGAGGGGUGACAAGAGAAGGGAUGGUUACAGGACAAAGAACGCAGUACCGGCAUAUUGAUCUGUCGUUCCCAGACGGUCUGAACUGUCUGCCCACCAAACGAAUCCGAAUUUAAAGCGAGCGACGAUCGUCACGUGACUACGAUAAAAAUUCAACAAUAAAUUUCCAUAAUUUUUCAUUAUCUUCAAUUUUUUUUAGAUCAUACGGCGUUCAUAGGUUCAUUCAAGUUAAAAAUAAUCCAAUAAGGAAAAUCAUCCUCGUCGUUCAACGAAAAAAGAAACAAAAAUAUGAUAUAUAUAUAUAUAUAUAUAUAUGUGUGUUAUAAUAAAAUGCGCUAUUAUGUCACGUGAAAUUUCUUUUGCAUUCGUGCAGUUAUUAAUAUUCAUUCAAAAUUAAAAAUAAUUUAAUAAGCAUCAAAUAUACCAAUUAAAAUUGAUCGAAAUAUUAUGCUGGUCGUUUCAUAGAGAAGAAAGAAAAAAUACGUGAAGUAUAUUCGAAAAAUAUACAGCGCUGCAAUAUUUUCACGAUUCGUGUUAAUUGAAAAAGAAAAAAAGGAGACAACGAUACGAGGCAAAUCAAUCAAAGAAAAAAAUAAAACAACGAAGAUCGGAUAAUGAAUGUUAUUGCAAAAAGAAUAUUAUGCAGGAAACUACCAAAGAAUCGCAAUAUUUUUAUCCUAGUACAACGAGUCUUAUGGAUCAUAGCUCUGUACAUUCUUUGCAAUCUCGAAGAAUCAUAGAAGAAGUUGAAAAUUCAAGGGAAAAGACAAUUGAUCGAAGAUCUACGACUAUCGAUUUUGAUAUCGAAUCGCCGGACAAGCAAAGAUUUAAGACGAAUAAUCUUGAGAGCCCAUUACUUUCUCCUGAUACACAAAGUGCAAUCGAAAAUGCAGAAAAAAUACUCGAAGAAGUACAACAUAAAAUCACAGAAGUUACUUGGCUAUACACUAAAACUGAAACUAAACGCAGAGUUAAAAAGAAGGAAAGGUAUACCGAUUACCUAGAACCACCUUUAGAAGAUGAGAAAGAAGAAGCACUAUAUAUACACGAACUUGUGUCCUCAAAACUCAAAGAAAUCGAUCAUGGAGAGAACGAAAGCAACUCGGAGAGAGACGAAAUUUUGACAAAGAAAAUCAUGAAAAAACGUGACAAAAGAAUCGCACGUUUGUUGGAACCAAAAUUUCGAAUUGCGAAAAGAUAUUCCAACGAUAUUCUUUAUCGACAAAGAAAUCGGUAUUGUUGCAUACCUUACGAACAAGUCGAAUUUAAUAAUCCAAAAUGUACGACUACGAAGAAAGAUGAAAUAAUAAAAGAUGAUAGAGUCGAUGAUAACAAACGUAAAAUAAAAUCUUUAACGAUUCAAAAUGGCCCACCGUUAAAUAUCGCAAGGGAAUUGAUGAAACAAAAUUUGGGCUACGUUAACAUAUCACCCGAUACAUCUUUCGUUCAUAAUAAUUCUAACGUUAAUAUUUAUAAAUUCCGUCACAAAUCUUGUAUAAAUGAUAAAUCAUCGAAAGAUAGUAAUAUUAAUGAAUCAAGAAUGGAAGAAACGAUCGAUGAAAUCGAUGAAAGUUCAAUAAAGAAUCGAUUGAUUAAUAAAAAGUUUAGAAUAGAAAAAAAACAAAACAGAAUUGAAAAAGAUAUAAUAACACAAUAUAAAUCUGUUUCGAAGGACGAGGAUGAUUCUUAUUCUAAAGACUUGAUAGACGAAAGGAGGAAUGAUCUAUCGUCUGAACGUGAAAUAAAUAGUGGACGGGAGGAGAAUAAAGAUGGAGAGAACGUUUCGAAACAUCUGCCAAGGACAGGUGUCGACUGUUUUCUUUCGAAUGGCGAACCAAGCUCCUCUUCUACUUAUUCGGACCAUAUUAAAAACCUAAUACCUGAACAUAGAGAAAUUAUCAUUAAAAGUGUUAAUCCUUACGUUAAUACAGAUAUAAAAAAAUUUAUAAAAGAAGAUGAGAUAAAGGAUACGAGUAAAUCUCACGAUGUUGAUGAUAAUAAUGAUCAUGAUGACGUGGGCGAUGAAAAUGUUAAUAAUUAUAGACAAAGAAUCGAUAGAAAUCUGAGUGAAACUUCGUUUGAUAAUAUCAAAGAAAUCGAGGAAGAUAAUAUUAAGAUAUUAAAAAAAAAUAAAAAAACGGAUUGCGAGAAAACAUUUAAAAUGUUUCAGAAACAUGAUUUACGAAGGGACCAAAAGAAAAAAUUAUAUAAUAAGAUCGAUGAACGUUUUGAAAAUAUUUUUCAAAAAUACAAUCUAAGAAAUAAUUCGUCGUACAAAUUAAAAGAUGAGAGUAGAAAUGUUUUAGAUAACAGUAUGCAAGAUUCAGAUAAUAGUAUUUUUAAUGAGAUCGAAUUAAAUCCACCUUCGAUCGAAAAUUUCAAUGAUAUAUUCUUUCUCUAUGAUAAAAUGAUCGAACGUAUUUCUAAAAGUGAAAAGAAAUUAGAAGAGAUGUUAGAAGAAUUUCAAUUGAAAUUAUCCGUUCAAUCUCAUAAUACUAAGUUACCUAAUAAUACUGAUGUUACAUAUUGUAAUUUAAUAGCCCUUAAAAGUGAUAAUACGAAAUUAAUGAAAUUAAAUCCUUCGAAAUUAGUAUAUAAACAUCAAGAAAAUGAUGAAUCAACGUUAUCAUUAUCGGACGAAGCAGUUGUUAUAUCUGAAGAAGAUAAAUUACAAAAAAAUUCGUCUAUUAUAAACGAUCAUUCGUCAUUAACAAAUAAAUUCUGUAAUUUAAGAGAGGAAACUUCCAAGGUUCAUACGUAUUCAUUGGAACAAAAACAAAAUGACAAAUUGAGUAAUAAGAUUUUUACGUUAGAUAAAUCUAAUUUGUGUUCUAUCGAAUUAAAUGUAGAAAAUAUUCCUGACGUAGAAAAGAAAACGUUAGAAAUUUGUUCUAAUAAUAAAAAUAUUAUGGCUUGUGUUCCUCUCUCAACAAAUUAUCAUUCUAAUAAUAUUGAUUGCCUUGAAGAUUUGCGAAGAAAUGACGAAUCCAAUCAAACAUCGUUUAAUAAUGAGGAAUUACUUCUUCCUAAAGCUUCAAAAUGUCUUUUGAAACGUCAAGAUCAAUUUGUCGACCAUCUAUCUUUCGAGAAAAAGAACAGUUUUGAACGAUCGAUUGUUAAUAGUUUAUCAAAUGUAGAAUAUAAUCCUUUGAUGGUACAAGAAUUAAUUAGGCACUUACAAUUGUUUUCGAAUGUAUAUAAUCAUGAUAUUCCUACUAUUUUACAAAAGUUUUUUGUUGAUACCAUAAACCGAGAAUCCGAUUUAAUCUUGGAUCUUUUAUCAAUACAAAAACAUGAUUACGAAAAUGAAAAAAGUUGUUCGGUGAAAGCAUUUGUGCAAGAUAACGAAUGCAAAGUGCAUGAUGACGUUAUCUCUAAUACAAAUUCUUUCGAUGAUAUUACAUACAAUCCUAUGCAAUGUAAACAAAAAUCUUUUGAAAUUUGCCCAUUAAAUACUAUGGAAAUCGAAGAUACCAAAAGUUCGAUCAAUGAAUUAAAUCAAAAUGAAAUUCAAGUAUUAGAAAAAAGUACUCAGUAUGAUAUUUCACAUGAACAAGACAUUCUUGAAUGUGAAGAUAGAAUUAUUAAAGAUAUUUACUUUGAUAAGAAAAAUGGAAAACAAAUAUCCGAUACAAAGUCUGAAAUAGAUAAAUAUUCUACUAAACAGAAACAAGAAAAUUAUUCAAAUGAUACAAAAUUACAUUUUACAAUAAAUGAUAAUACCAAUAAAAAUGAUAAAAGCUCUGAUAUAAAUAUGGUAGUUUCCAAUUUGCAUUUACUUACAAAAGUAAUUGAUAAGUUAUCAGAGGGUGAAGAUUGCAGUAAUCUGUCCGAUGUAAAUAUUAAUAUACCUGUCACACAUAUUGCUACGAUUUCAUCAGAAACAUCUCAUUCUGAAGGAGAAUUAUACUUGCCAAGUUCAUGUUCAUAUUCUCUUGGAGAAAUUAGAGUUAUGAAAAAUUCAGCAGCCACAUGUAAUCGUGCACUCGUCAGUAAUAAUACAUUGACUUCCUUAUGUGAUACUACGAGUUUAUUACAUUACAGCUCAGGCGAAGUAAGUGUAGAUAACACUGAUAUUCUUUAAAAUAAAAAAAAUAAAAUAAAA